AGACCGGAUCUAGGAAAUACGAGGCGGGCCUCGGUGGGAGGGACGCACUGAGGGAGGAGGGAGGAAAGGGGGCGGCGGCGGCGGCGGCUCACACCGGAUCCCGGCCCCGCACGGCGCGUACCCUGGGGGUUCGGGCGGGGAAGCGGCGCCGGCCCGGACCCCCCGCGGGAGUAGGCGACGGGCGUGAGGGCGAGGCGGCGGCGGCGGCGGCGGCCAGAGAGCAGCAGCCGCCUGUGUCUCAGCAGGAACAUGCACUGAGUACAUCAAGUACUGAAAGAUUAUGAACACAAUCUUGCAGAUACGGCAGUAGGGCUAUCUUCCUUUGCAGUCCUAGCAAGGACCGUCAAGCCUUGGGAAGAGAACUCUCUCCUCUGGUAGAGGCCGAGGGACACUGUCUUCAGCCUUUUCUUCAAGUUUUUGACCGUGGAUUGUGUUGUGUCAAACUGGACAAAUUAUCUUAGUUGAAUUUUCACCAGUUGAAAAAUUGGAGAUUUCUAGACUACUGAAAAGAAGUUGCUUUCAGAGCUGGAGAUGUGAAUAAAAUUUCUGUGCCAGGGUUGAUAAACCAUCUUGAGGAUUCCAUCCAGGAAACCCCAUCACAGUUGGUUGUUAUGUCUCCUUAGACUCCUCUUGGCUGUGACAGUUUCUCAGACUUUUGUUUUUGAGGAGUACUGAUCAGAAAAUGACUGUGGUGCUAGAAGAUCAUUACUUUUGGAAAGCUGGUUAACAUCCAUUUCCUAAGAGAAACUUGGCCACCAUUUGCUCUGGCAUGGCGCAAAGCAGCCCACAGCUUGAUAUGCAGGUUCUCCAUGAUCUUCGACAACGUUUCCCUGAAAUUCCAGAGGGCGUGGUGUCUCAGUGCAUGUUACAGAAUAACAACAAUCUUGAAGCCUGUUGCCGAGCCCUUUCCCAGGAGAGUAGCAAAUACUUAUAUAUGGAAUACCAUAGUCCAGAUGACAAUAGGAUGAAUAGAAAUCGCCUUUUACAUAUUAACCUGGGUAUCCAUUCUCCUAGUAGCUAUCACCCAGGAGAUGGAGCCCAACUUAAUGGUGGUCGAACACUGGUACAUAGCUCAAGUGAUGGACAUAUUGAUCCUCAGCAUGCAGCAGGUAAACAGCUGAUAUGUUUAGUUCAAGAACCACACUCAGCUCCAGCUGUUGUUGCUGCUACUCCCAACUACAAUCCAUUUUUUAUGAAUGAACAGAACAGAAGUGCAGCUACUCCUCCUUCCCAACCACCUCAACAGCCAUCUUCCAUGCAAACAGGAAUGAAUCCGUCUGCUAUGCAAGGGCCUUCACCACCACCGCCACCUCCUUCAUACAUGCACAUACCUCGGUAUAGUACAAAUCCAAUUACUGUUACAGUAUCCCAGAACCUCCCUUCUGGACAGACUGUACCAAGAGCUUUACAAAUUCUUCCACAAAUUCCAAGCAAUCUCUAUGGGUCUCCUGGUUCUAUUUAUAUUAGACAGACAUCUCAGAGUUCAUCAGGAAGACAAACUCCUCAGAGUACGCCGUGGCAGUCCUCACCACAGGGCCCAGUGCCUCACUAUAGCCAGCGUCCUUUACCUGUUUAUCCACACCAACAGAACUAUCAACCUUCUCAGUAUUCUCCCAAACAGCAGCAGAUCCCUCAGUCUGCUUACCAUUCACCACCUCCUUCUCAAUGUCCUUCACCCUUUAGCUCUCCACAGCAUCAAGUGCAACCUUCCCAGUUGGGCCACAUCUUUAUGCCACCUAGUCCUUCAACUACUCCACCCCAUCCAUAUCAACAAGGACCUCCUAGCUAUCAGAAACAGGGAAGCCAUUCAGUAGCCUAUCUUCCAUACACAGCAUCUAGUUUAUCCAAAGGUUCCAUGAAGAAGAUAGAAAUUACAGUUGAACCUUCUCAAAGACCUGGGACAGCAAUUAAUAGGAGUCCUUCACCCAUCAGUAAUCAACCAUCUCCACGGAAUCAACACUCACUGUACACAGCCACUACGCCACCUUCAAGUUCUCCUUCAAGAGGGAUAUCUAGUCAACCAAAACCUCCAUUUAGUGUUAAUCCUGUGUAUAUUACAUAUACACAGCCAACUGGACCUUCUUGUACUCCAUCACCAUCUCCUCGAGUGAUACCAAACCCAACUACAGUUUUUAAAAUUACCGUAGGCCGAGCAACGACUGAAAAUCUUUUAAAUUUAGUGGACCAAGAAGAGCGCUCUGCAGCACCAGAACCUAUUCAGCCCAUUUCAGUGAUACCAGGCUCUGGGGGAGAAAAGGGAAGCCAUAAAUAUCAGAGAAGUUCUAGUUCUGGAUCAGAUGACUAUGCCUACACACAAGCCUUGCUGUUACAUCAACGAGCAAGGAUGGAGAGGUUAGCAAAGCAACUGAAACUUGAGAAAGAGGAGCUAGAGCGGUUGAAGUCUGAAGUUAACGGUAUGGAGCAUGACCUGAUGCAGAGACGGCUCAGAAGAGUCAGCUGCACCACUGCGAUCCCUACGCCUGAGGAAAUGACAAGAUUGAGAAGCAUGAACAGACAACUCCAGAUAAAUGUUGACUGUACACUGAAAGAAGUUGACCUCCUUCAAUCUAGAGGAAACUUUGAUCCAAAAGCCAUGAAUAAUUUUUAUGACAACAUAGAACCUGGCCCAGUUGUACCACCCAAGCCAUCUAAAAAAGACUCCUCAGACCCCUGCACAAUUGAGAGAAAAGCCCGAAGAAUUAGCGUGACCUCCAAAGUACAGGCAGACAUCCAUGACACCCAGGCAGCAGCUGCAGAUGAGCAUCAAACUGGCUCCACACAAAGUCCUCGGACACAACCUCAAGAUGAAGACUACGAAGGGGCUCCAUGGAAUUGUGAUAGCUGCACCUUUCUUAACCACCCAGCACUAAAUCGCUGUGAGCAGUGCGAGAUGCCACGGUACACCUGAAUUCAGAAAAGUCUGCGCCAGGUUGAAAGUGAAACUUUGAGCACUACCAGAAGAAAAGGAAACCUCGGGACUCUAUUCAUCCACCCAGCCUUUUCAUUUUCGAUUGCACAGCGGGGAGGAGGAAUGGCUUUGUGGUCGUCGUUGUGCUCACGAAAGGAAAAAUGGGGAGGUCUUUUUUUCUCCUUUCUUAACUCACUACGGAGUGAGAGAUAGAAAGGGAUACUUGAAACUGGGAAAGGAUUCACUCUGUGAAAGAAUGUACACACAGAAGUCAAGAGCUCUUCUGUGGUGGAAUCCCAAUUGUUAAAGUUACUGCUGAGUGGCCCUUAUUUUUUAAAGUAGUACUUUGAAUCAUAGUAUGAAAUGUUACAGUUUAUGCAAACUGUGAAUUCCCAGAGCAGACUUACCUGGUCACCGCUCUCUGGAAAACCAAGGCUCCCCGUGCUUCUUCCCGUUGCUUCCUACUAAAGAGGACAACAGGAAAAAGCACCUAGAAUAUUUUGGGGGGUGGGGCAAAUUAAUUAAGGGUAUUUGUAAUUGCUGCUUUUUUCAGGGGUAAUUUCCAACACACAUACAUGCACAGAAACAAAAUGUUUUAAAAUGUGAUUUGUAGCAGUCAGGAACUAGGCAUAUCAUGCCUUUGUUUAAAAGUACAAUCAGAGGUGGUAAGAUGCCUUUGGCUUGUACAGUGUGAUUCAUCAAGCUCUAUCAACACUGGUAACUAAGACCUACUUAUGCCACAUAAGAGAUGCAUUUUUUAAGUUACUGCAUGUUUUUAUUAAGGCCAUUGGUUUUCAAAAUAACAAGUCCUUACAAAUUAUGAUUUUAUAAAUGAUAUUCUCGUAAAACUGCGCUUUGCCAGUAGCACAGUGAAUGUAUGCCAAAUGCAAGUCCAUUCCAAAAUCCAUUUGGAAAUCUUGAGCUCAGCUGUGAUUCUUAAACUUUUGCAGUCCAUAGGGCCUUUUUUUUUCUCCUUCCAAUUUUGUGAUAAAUUCAUGAUGUUUACAGCACAGAUAAAACUUUGUGCCAUAAUCCUAAUUUAGCUGAAAUCAAUAUUAACUGUUCAAUAAAAACUUACUUGCAUAUGUUAAUAAACCAGUGUGAGGGGAAUUACAGUUGGCCAACGACAAAGUUGCACACUGCAUUAUUUAGGAAAGGAGGGAUUGUCAAAAAUUAUUAAGAGAAAGGUGAAUAUAGAGGACUUUGAAACAACUUUUAAAAUUUAACAUAACUGUAUCUAGAGGUCAAUUGAGUUUCUACAGGCAGUUCAGGUCAUUUUAAAGCACUCCUUAUUUAUGAAAUAGAACUUCAGGGUGCGGAUAAGAGAUAUAAAGUCAUGUGACUCACUAGGGUGCAUCGCUGGAAACUUAAUAGCACAUUUCAUUAAGGUCUCUGCCAUUGUUGGAGUUCCUUCUUAGCUCAGAAUUGGAGUUUUGGAAUCUUCCCCUCAUUUUGGUGAGUAUAAACAGCAAUAAAGUUAGUAGGUUCUCCCAUCCUAAAGGAUUUUACCUGAGGAUAUCGUCUUAGGAAUAUCCGUAGACGCUCCCAUCAGGUUUCUCCCCCAACCCCCAUACACCCCCCCACCCCCGACUUCUAAUUUAGCAGUAAUCUCUGGCAGACCUGGAAAAACAAGCUGCUCUUAAUAGCAUAAUGAAACCAAAGGCGUAAUAACUCAUCAUAGUUUUCCAUCAGAAUCAUUUCACACUCUGCCUACAGCUUUGAAAACAUUUUUUCAUAUGUGAAAAAUUCCCCAAAAUAUAUCCACUAGUCUCCCAAAGGAAGCAUGGUAAUUAACACUGAUAAAAACAUCUCUCACACAACAACUGUGGCAAAACUGUGAAAAUAACGGUGAGAAAGCAGAUGGGCUUAAAAGCAUGGUCCCCAAAACAACGUUCUUCAAAGGUUUUUGUAACACUGGUCUCUGUCUCCAAUAACAGUCUAGCCGUCCUACUGUUCUGUAAUAUGCCUUUGCCUUUGUAUGGUUUCAUAUCUCUUUAGUGAUGGUCAACCCCACUUGGUUUUAAGUUACAAUUUAGGGGAAAAUAUAUAUAUAUACUGCUUGGUGUCCUAGCUAAAAGAUUUACCAGUAUUCAUAGUGAUAUGCUGAAGUGGAGGCAAUUAACUUGGCAGUUGUCAGUUGAGAAUGAAAGUAGCAUGUCUGAAAACAGUCUGAUGCUUUAUAAAACCAUGUAGAUGACUUUAAAACUAUUGCAUGAAAAUACAUCAAGGUUAAUAAGCUGUUAUACAGUAGAUGCAUGGUUUCAAUCCUUUGGUGAUAUAUCUAGUCAAUCAUUGUUUUCACCUGCCAGGAAAAGAGAGAAAACAGUCUAUUGGAUAGGUGUAAAGGGUGGGGUAUGCGGUAUCAGAUUGAUUUUAAGGAAGUUUUGUACAUGUUAAUUUUUAAUUGUGCACAAGUUUCAUAUGCCAACAUAGGCUGUAUUCAGUUUUAAAAUAGGCAAAAUGACUUGAUACUGAUAAAUCUGGUAUGUUUAACUGUGUCCCAUAUGUAGACUGCUUUUUGCCUAUGACCAGUUUGAACAAGAAUUCACCCAACUUUCAAGGUGCCUUUUCAAAAGGAUCUUGUAGUCAGUUGGUAUGUACAGACAAUUGGCAUGGAAGUGGCAGGAUAUAAAUCGGAUGACGCCUGGCUGCUGAGGUGCCAGCUGGAUCAGCUGGUGCACUUCUUGUUUCUUGUAAGAGGUUUCUUUAAAAUGACUAGUUUGAUGUAUCUGGUAACAUAUAGGCCUGACUAUACAUUUUACAUUAUUUCGCUAUUUUGUAAACUGGGAUUUUAGAAAGCACGUUUGCCAUUUUGUUAAAGUACAUUGCCCCUUAAAUUUUGGAGUAGUUUUUAAAAGUUUAAAAUGGUAAUAGAGGAGCCAGAAACUUUUUAAGCAUUGUAAAAUGUUUUGAAUUGAUAUUGACUUUGUUUGGAAGAGAGUAGAGGCAGGGGGCUUUAAAGAAACAAAGAAAUGCAUUGUAAAAAUGUAGUUUUAGAGCAAAUUAAUAAUGAUGGUGGGGAAAGUGUUGCUAAUUUGUUUAUUUCCCUGGAAGAAAUGGGAAGUGUGAUAAGCAGUUUAAUUUUUAAGGAGCUGGUCUCAAUUUUAGUACUUUUUAAUUAUGCAAAUAAAUCAAUGUUUCCUUAAAUUUUGUCAUUGCUUUGUCACAGUUGUCUAGGGUUCAUAUCCAACCUUCUGUGGCAAUUCAAUUUUAUAUAGUCUUUUAAGAGGUAAUUGUAAUGUAUUUCUGACAGUAUAAACAAAAAGAAUAUAAGGCAUAGAAUUGUUCUCUAAAAAUAUCAAUGAUGUAUCCUGAAAUGUGAAGAUGUCCCUUUAUAGUUAAAAAUUGAAUUAUUUUAAUAUUGUACCAUUGUUAGACCUUGAAUGAGUCCAUGUUACCGUGUGUGUCUGUAUAUCUAUCUGUAGAGAAAGAAAAAUGACAACUGAAAUGUUACUUUUAAAAAUCAGAAUAAAUUGGGCACUGUCUGUGUUGCACCACUACUCUAUCUUUUCGAAAGAAUUAACAGUAUUUGCCUAUUGUAAAAGUUAAUUCUGAUGACAUUUUCACAUUCACCAGACUUUUUUUCCUGUAUUAUUUGCAUCCCCAAAUAUUUAAUACAAGUAGAUUCUGCAUGGCUUGGGCAUUCAGAGAUUAAUAGAAUGAUGACUCAAUUUUAAUUCUAAAGCCAUGAAAAGUUACUUUGAGACUGAACAAUUCUGAAUUAUUUAUGAUACCCAAUGUCCAUGUUUCUUUCCCUACUGUAAAAGAAUUGAUCAGUUUCUUCAUUAAAGCAGCAAAAACUUAUUAAAUCUUGUAAAUACCAUGUCUCUUUUAGAUUUCUGUGUAUGCUGUGAAUGAAAUCAUUUUGAGAUGAAAUUGUACAAAGGCAUUUUAAAAGGCUCUGCAUGCAUCGUACCUCCAAACAGUACAUAUUCGGAAAGUCAAAGAUUCCUGCAAAAUAAAUAAACUAAAAGCAAACACUA